AUGCUGAGCGACGGCGGCUCGUCGUUAUUGCCCGCUCACAUCCUGAAGAGGAAGCAGCGCUCGAUCCGCCACACACGUGCAGUCGCCGCCGCCGAGCCUCCGAAGGAUCGCCGCCGACGCCUGCCACGCCUGUCUCGGCGGCGGGCGCAGCUCGCGGCGUGCGUGCUCGGCGUGUGUGCUCUCUUCUUUUUGUGCUUGUGGCAGCUGCCCGUGGAGCCGGGCGUCCAAUCACGUCUGCCGGAUAGCAGCAGCCAGCUGCCGGCGACGGCGGACGGCGCCGACGUCGCAACCGCGCCUGCCGUCAACAUUGCCAUCGCCUCGGAUGAGGAGGCGCCGUUCGGGCUGCUCGGCGUGGUGAACUCGACGGUGGUGCACUGUGCGACGCCGGCCGCGCUGCGCUUCCACCUCAUCGUUCCCAACGCACGGCGAGCGCCGCUCCGCUCGCAGCUCGAGCGGCUGUGGCCGCGGCUGCACGUGCGCACCUACUCUCUGGACGGCGGCGGCGUGCGCGCAAAAAUCGCGCGGCACCUCCGCCAGUCGGAGCGCGAGCCGCUCUUUGCCUCCCCCUUCCGGUACGCCGUCGCCUACCUGCCCUCCCUCCUCCCGGCGGUGAGGCGAGUCCUCUUCCUGCACACCGACGUGCUGCUCCGCGCCGACGUGGCCCCCCUCUACGCCUCCUUCGAGCUGGCGGGCGCCCCCGCCGCCGCCGUCGAGGAUUGCGCGACGCCGCUCUCCGCUCUCGUCGACACCGCCUCUCCGGCCCUCUCCUCCUUCUCGCCCUCGAGCUGCGCGCUCGACCCCGCGGUGAUGCUGCUCGACCUCGACGCCUGGCUCUCCCUCGACGUGCUCGCGCUGCUGCCUCUCUACCGGCGGCUGCCGAGGGAGUGGAACGUCGCCCACCUCGGCCGCCGCCGGCUCUCCGAUCCCGAGAUCGCACACUGGCGCGACUUUUGGAAGGGGCGCGGGGUGCGGUACUCGGCGACGGCGUCGGGGCCGACCCUCGUCAUCACAGCGGGGGGCGGGCUGCCGGCUGCAAAGGCGCUGCACUACCACGGCCGCCUCAAGCCGUGGCUGCUGCCCGGCGCCAAGCCGCUCGCGGAGCCGCUUUGCCGCUCGCUGGCGGAGGGCGGGCAGCCGCAGCCUCGGGACGAGCCGUGCCGUGCGCUGUGGGAGCCGUACGCAGCGGAGGCCAUCGCGAGGCUCGGCCUGCAGCGGAGCGGGCCCGGCUCGGCGGCCGCGCGCGCGGAGCUCGCCGCCUUGGCGGAGGCCAAGGUCGAGCCGGCCGACAUGCCCCGCCUCGCGCCGCUCGAGCAGGAGGCGGCCGAGGCGGCCAAGCCGGGCGCGGUGCACGUGGCGCUCCUCGCCUCGGCCGGCCCGCCGUACGGACUCGUCGCCGCCAUCAACUCGACCCUCGCCCACGCAGCCGCCGCCACGCUGCCGCGGCUGCGCUUCCACGUGCGGCUCGCCAUCACCUCGCCGCCCUCCGACAAGCUGGCCAAGCUCGCGCCCAAGCUCGGCGCCGUCGGCGUGCAGACUGCGCCGUUCGAGUGGCCGCUCCUCUGGCUCCACCUCGCCCUUCCCGCAGACGUGCGCCGCGUCGUGCUGCUGCCGACGGAUGCAGUUGAGCUCGCCUCGGCCGCGCUGCACGGCAAGGCGGGCGCCGCCUUCGAGGAUUGCUCCGUCACCUUCGACGCGCUCUUCAACUACCGGCACCCCCUCUUCCGAGACCGGCACGGCCGGCCGAGCUGUUCCCUCGACUCGGAGCUCCUCCUCCUCGACGUCAAGGCGUGGAGGAAGGAGGAGGCGCCCAAGCAGCUCCUCGAGCUGGUCGGCUUCCAACGGCGCGCAGCACGGAGAGGACGCAGCAGUCAGCGCAACGAAAACCUCUUCCUGCAGCCGGUGGCCGCCCUGUCGCCUCACGUGCCCGCGCAGCUGCUGCUCGACAAGCGCGUGCUGCGGCUGCCCGGCCGGUGGCUCGCGCGCGGCCUCGCGAGGGAGGGGUGGAGCUGGUCCGAGGCCAGCUACUGGCACCGCCUCUGGGGGCUGCAGGGGGUGCGACUUCCCUUCGACGUCCGGCCGGUGCGGGCGGUGCACGCCGCGCCCGCACCGCGCCGCGCGAGCGGCGACGCGCUGCUGCUGCGCUUCAGCGGCGGCCCGAUGAAGCCGUGGCUCAAGCGGUGCGGCGGCGCGGAGGCCGCGGGCGCGCCGCUCUGCGGCCGCUCGGGCGCAGAUUGCGCGAAGCUGUGGCUGCGCUACAUUUCGGAGCAGAGCUUGCUGCUCGCCGAGGCGAACGAGGAGGGGUCGCUGGUGGCUGUGGAGGGCAGCAGCGCUCGGCUGGCUUGCGUGACCGACCUCGCGCUCAAGAAGCGGCGCGCGGAGCUCGAGGCGCUCGUCUUCGACGCCGACGCGGCGCAUUCGCGCGGCAUCGAGAGGGCCGUCGUGGUGCAGGCGGACGUACUGACCGGCUCGGCAAAGUCGAAGGCGCCGUGCGGCUUGUACCACGAGGAGCAGCACCACGAGCCACCGAGGACUCGCAUCGCCGCAAUGGCCGAGGCGUUGGCCGCGAUAGCAACGCGCACCGUCGCACCGGGCGCCGCCAAGGAGCGCGGCGCGAGCGGGUUGGCGAGGAGAGUCGACUCGCGGAUGGGCACGCCGCCCGGCUGGCCCGCCAUGCGGAGCAGCCGGCCGAGGUCGAGGAUAUGCGAGAUGGGGCAGUGGAAGGGGAGCUCGAGGUCGGACGCCUCGAAGACGCAGCUCGGGAUGAUGGUGACAGCCUCGGAGCGGUCGCACAAGCACGGCAGCCGCGGGACGACGAGAGUGCGGCCGAGGACCGAAGCGAGCGCGAGAGCGUCGCGCAACGCGAGCAAGUGCCGUCGCACCAGCUCGAGGCGAAUAGUACUCUGGCGGGUCGAGCAGCCAGAGCCGCGCCUGAAGAUGUCGACUGACGCGUCAAGGAGACGUCUCGGCUGGGCACGCGAGCUCGAGGCUGGGCUGCCACUGCUCAGCACGGCGCAACCUGAGCAGAAGAAGCGCGCCGGCAGCGGCGCAAAGGCGAAGGAAGUCGGCCGCGCCUCGUCCGCGCCGACGGCCCCGCCAGGGCGGCUCACUCCAACCUUCCCUUCGACGAGCUGCUUCCAGCCGCUCCGCCAGCCAAAGGCGGUGCGCCGCGCGCCGCGCGCGUCCUCGGCCGCCGCCUGGACGUUCGCCUCGCCGGCCGAGCCCUUCGGGUCGACGACGACGCUGAUGACGCGGCUGCGCGGCCUGGUGCUCGUCACCGCGCCUCCCGGGUGGUUGCGGAAGCCGUGCCACAGCAGCAGGUUGAAGGCGUACUGGUCGUCCACGUACUCGGUCGUCUCGUCGGCCGUGAUCGAGGUGCAGUCCGUCGACGACAUGACGUCCGCCUCCAUCAGCGGCCGCAGCACCGCUUCCGGGUCGCGGAUCCAGACGACGUCUACGUCGGAGAGCAGCACGUCGCGGCCGCGGGUGAUGAAGGAGAGAACCAGCGACGCCUUCAUCGCGCCGAACCGGCGGAAACCCGUCACGUUGGAGCGCAGGUUCGCCGCCGGCCUCUCGAGGAGCGGGUGCACCAGCUCGAGGCACGGCAGCCGCUCCGCCACCAACGCGGCCACAAAGUUGCGGUCGAGCGCAGCGAUCGCCGCACUGCGCUCCUUCCCGAGCCGAUAG